GGGUUUCCGGGCGGGCUGCGAGCGGCCCCGGGGUGUGGAGCGGUGCUGCAGCGAGGCGGAGGGGCGGCAGGAGCGGUCGGCAGCGGCCGCCGAGACGGAACCUGUGACGAAGAAGAAGCCGAAAAAGAGAAGUGGAAGAAGAAUUGGAAGUCGGAGCGGCGCGGAAGCGGCGAGCGUGAGGUGUCGGCGGUGUUGCGGUGGCGGCGGGGCCGUGCGGGAGAUGUGCGCGGCGAGAGAAGGGCGCUGCGGCCGGAGGCAGCGGGCGCUGCUGUGCUGCGUGUUGGUGGCGGCGUGGGAGGCGGCGCGGGGGCAGCUGCGCUACUCGGUGCCCGAGGAGCUGCCCAAGGGCUCGUUCGUGGGCGACGUGGCCAAGGACCUGGCGCUGGAGCUGGCGGCGCUCGGCGCCGGCGGCGCCCGAGUGGUGUCGCAAGGCAGGACGCAGUAUUUCGCUCUGCAUGCGAGCAGCGGGCACUUGGUGACGACCGAGAGGAUAGACAGGGAGCAGCUGUGCCGGCUGCUGGAGAAAUGCGUGCUGCGCUGUGAGCUGAUCGUGGAGGGCGAGAUGAAGGUUUAUGCAAUCGAAGUGGAAAUCACGGACAUUAACGACAAUACGCCCAGCUUUGGAGAGGGACAAAUUGAACUCAGAACGAACGAGAUGGCAGUUAUAGGAAUGCGCUAUGCGCUGAGGCGAGCUCACGACCCGGACAUGGGAACGAAUUCCCUGCAGAGCUACACGCUGAGCGGCGACGAGCACUUCUCGUUGUCCGUGCAGGCGGGAGCCGACGGCGAGAAGCGUCCCGAGCUGGUGCUGGCCAAGGCGCUGGACCGGGAGGAGGCGGCGUUUCACGAGCUGCUGCUGAGGGCGAGCGACGGCGGCGACCCGGCGCGGACGGGCACGGCGCGCAUCCGCGUGGCUGUGCUGGACGCCAACGACAACGCGCCCGCGUUCAGCCAGGCGGUGUACACGGUGCGAGUGCCCGAGGACGUGCCCGUGGGCUCCACGCUGCUCCGCGUCACCGCCACCGACCCCGACGACGGAACCAACGCAGACGUGAAAUAUUUAUUUCAAGAAGUUUUAGAGCAGAUAUCGAAUACAUUCCACAUAGAACCGAAGACUGGAGCGAUAAGUCUGGUGAGAAAUCUGGACUUCGAGGAAGCCGAUUUCUAUGAAUUUCUCGUUCAGGCACACGAUGGAGGUGGUCUUUCUGAUGAUGCGAAGAUCACAGUCUCGGUGACGGACGUGAACGACAACGCGCCCGAGAUUUCGGUGCGGUCGGCGCUGAGCGAGAUCUCGGAGGACGCGGCGCCGGGGACGGUGGUGGCGCUGCUGCACGUGCAGGACCGCGACUCGGGCGCCAACGGGGAGGUGCGGUGCAGCCUGGGCGAGGGCGUCCCGUUCCGGCUGGAGCGGGCGCUGGACGACUACUACAGCGUGGUGACGGCGCGGGAGCUGGACCGCGAGCGGGCGUCGGAGUACAACGUGACGGUGCGGGCGGCGGACGGCGGGUCGCCGGCGCUGCGGAGCGGCGCGGUGCUGGCGCUGCGGGUGCUGGACGUGAACGACAACGCGCCGGUGUUCGCGGAGGCGCGCUACAGCGCGCGGCUGCCCGAGAACAACGCCGAGGGCGCGCUGGUGCUGACGGUGCGCGCGUGGGACGCGGACUGGGGGCAGAACGCGCGCGUGCGCUACCGGCUGCGGGAGGGGCGGCUGCGGGGCGCGCCGCUGUCGUCCUACGUGUCGGUGCAGGCGGAGACGGGCGCGCUGUACGCGCUGCGCUCGUUCGACUACGAGGAGGUGCGCGAGGUGGAGCUGUGGGUGCGGGCGGAGGACGGCGGCGCGCCGCCGCUCAGCAGCAACGUGUCGGUGCGGCUGCUGAUCGCGGACGAGAACGACAACGCGCCGCAGGUGCUGUACCCGCCGGCGGCGCCGGGGCCGGGUCCGGGAUCGGGCGCGGGCGUCGGUGCGUGGGGCUCGGCGUCGGGCGCGUGGAGCUGGGCGGGCGUGGAGCUGGCGCCGCGCUCGGCGGAGCCCGGCGCGCUGGUGGCUUCGGCCGGCGCCGCCUUGCGCGGCGUCCCGGCCUCGCACUUCGUGGGCAUCGACGGCGUCCGCGCCUUCCUGCGCUCCUACUCGCACGACGUGUCGCUCACCGCCGACUCGCGCAAGAGCCAGCUGCGCUGCGCGGGCGGCAGCUGCUGCGACACGCUCCCGGCCCGGCCGCCGCCCGACGAGGCCGCGCCGCUGCGCGGGGAAGACGCUGCCGCCCACCGCGCCGCCGAGCCCGACGGCCUCCCGCAAGCUCAGCCUAACCCGGACUGGCGCUUCUCUCAGACCCAGAGACCUGGAACAAGCGGUUCCCAGAAUGGAGAGGAAGGUGGAGCCUGGCCCAACAACCAGUUUGACACAGAGAUGCUUCAAGCCAUGAUCCUGGCCUCGGCAAAUGAAGCCGCUGAUGUCAACGCAACACUGGGUGGGGGCACAGGCACCAUGGGGCUGAGCGCCCGCUACGGCCCCCAGUUCACCCUGCAGCACGUCCCCGACUACCGGCAGAACGUCUACAUCCCGGGCAGCACCGCCACACUGAGUAAUGCUGCCGGCAAACGCGACGCCAAACCCUCGGGUGGCAACAAGAAGAAGUCUGGCAAGAAGGAGAAGAAGUAGAAAGGAGACGUCAGAGCGGGUGGGCAGCGCGUGCCAGCACUCCCCAACACCACAGGAGGACGAAUGUGGAUUUGUUUUUCUUUUCAUUUCUUGGCGAUGCAAAAGUUAGGAAGCGCUGCGAAUGUAUUGUCAUCGUCAGAGCUAGGAGCAGGCUGCCUGCUGUUAGGUCUCAUGAUGAAAAGCAAUCUGGAAAGCUAAAGCUAACACAAACAAGUGCCCUGUGAAUACAGCUAACGUUUUAUACGACCCCUCGGGUGUUAGGAUACAUGAGGUCGAAAGGCUUCGGCCAUAUCCUUGGCUUCGAUUUGCUCCCAGAUGGUCCGAGAGAGGCACGAGGCUCUCGCUCAGCUUCGUCCAGUGUAAAUAAUUGUAACACCCAUCUGUUAAUUUAUAGAGCUCUGAUCAUUUUUUUUUUGUUGUUGUUGUUAUUUGGAAAGAAAAAGGAAUUUCCCAGCAUAAAGCCCCACGUUCCACGUUUUCUGCUCUUUUAACUUCGUGAAACUCACCCUGGGUUAUUGGUAGCGGUGGAUUUGUGGGUAGGGAGUGCUUCAGUUCCUGUUCAGCUGUUAUCCGAAAAAAAAGAAAAGAAAAAAAAAUAAGAAGUGUUCGUAUUGCAUGAGUCAAAGGGAACAAUGCAGGGCUGCAUCCUAAACAGUUAUUGUUCUGUUUUGUUUUGUUUUGUUUUUUUUCCUGAAGUACAACCAGCCAUGGCCUGAGAGCUCCUGGUGUCUGAGCGGGGCUUCGGCGCGGCCCUGGGGGGCUCUGAGCAGACACAUCUCAUCCCUGCGCUGCAGUAAAUAUUUAUAUGUACAGUCAAUGUUCUUUUGGAAUUAAAGCUCCGGGGCUGGGAGGGGCUGCUCUGCACCUCGCCAUGACCCCACGUGUGCGUCACCUGCGUCACGGCUGCACUUUGGAACACACAUCCCCGCACCCCCCAGCCCCGAGGAUGUCCUCGCAUGGCCACGCAGCAUGGGGUGAAGGCGCUUUGUAUUUGGGGAGUGGGGGGGUUGUUGGGUACCGAGUAAGUGACAGUGGGUUUAGUGGCACCUGGGGAGCAGAUUUGGGUCAGGGACUUAUGGGCUGGGGGUCCCUGCAAUGGUGUGAGCCCAGGGAUCAGCUGGGAUAAAACAUGGGGGGGUGAUGCUGGCUUUGGGGUUUCCACCUCCCAGAGGGAACGGGAGGACGAGGAGUUGGAUUUCUCCAUGCUGUGCCCCUUCCAAGCAGGCUCAGCCCGGAGGAGGGUCCUGGUGGCCUCGGUGGCACUGCUGGGGAUACCCCAAGCACCCCGUAUCACAGCAUCUGUGCCCCCCCCAGGAAGGCAGAGAGGAAAUCUGGCACCCAAAGUGGGUGCGGGUGGGGAGAGGGUGGUCCCCCCUCGACCCCCCCCCAGGGGCCACUCAAUUUCACAUAGGAUUUUUUGCUCUUUUUUAAUCACUAACACUUAACUCACCCCCUACACACACACUCCCCCCUCCCCCCUCCCCAGCACACACAGACACACUCCGGGGGGCAGCAGCCCCUCCGCACACCAUGCCCACCCCACCCCAACCCCACAGCUGCUCCACAGCCCCAUGUAGCUACCACCCCCCUCCCCUAGCAAUGCCGUAGGUGAAUCGUAGUCUUUGUAUUUCUUUUUAACCUGCAAUCUGAGGUAGCGUAGCGAGUGUCGUGUAUUUAGUGGCGUGUUAUUUUUAUCUCAGUAACUAACUUGUGGAACAGCAGUAUUCUCACUUUCUCUGUAUCUUCUCUCCAUGUGGUCUGUGCUCCGAGUGUACAUGAGAUGAAACACGUUUGCCCUCUCCAUGUGUCUAAUAUUGAAUUAUACUUAUAUAUUAUAUAUAUGCUUAUAUCCUUCUUAUACCCAUAUAGACCGACGUCGAUGUGUUACACGCAAGUUUUAUACUCUAAUAUUUAUAUUGCUUUUUUUUUUUUCUUUGGGAAAAAAAAUAAUAAAAAUGGUUUCUUCUGAA